AAAAGUAAACUAAUAAGUUUAAGCCACCAAAAAUUCUGCCUCUAACUCCAAAACCACACACACGCACACAGCCCAUGCGUGUAGGUUGCCACUUCUGAUUUCUUCUAUUCAUUUUUCCUUCUUCCUUUCAACACGUUGCCGUAGCCAUAAUUGAUAAACCCCAUAUCUCUCUCUCUCUCUCUCUCUCUCUCUGUGGACUGAAUAAAGAAAGAAAGAAAGCAAAAAUAGGAAAGCAAGGCUAUGGCUUUUCUGCUUCCCAAUCUCAAUCUCUCUUCCCCAACUCCACUCCUCCAAUCCAAAGACCUCAAACCACCCAUCAUUCUUCACCACCACCACCCUCUUUCUCUUUCUCUUCCUCCACCUUCUACUCCACGCGCCGGCGCCGCCCCGCUCUCCGCCGCUCCUCCUCCAUCUCUCCACGAUUCCCCCUCCACCACAGACCAGCAGGACAGCCAGAGAAACGACUUCUACGUCAACCUCGGCCUUGCCGUCCGAACUCUCCGGGAAGACCUCCCCUUGCUCUUCACCAAAGACCUCAACUACCAUAUCUACAGAGACGACGUAACGUUCUCAGACCCGUUGAACACGUUCGCGGGCAUCGAGAAUUACAAGCUGAUCUUCCGGGCGUUGAGGUUCCAUGGCCGAAUUCUGUUCCGGGAAAUUGGAUUGGAGGUGCUGAGGAUUUGGCAGCCAUCUGAGAAUGUGAUACUUAUCCGGUGGAACUUGAGGGGAAUCCCUAGGGUUCCAUGGGAAGCCAAGGGCCAGUUUCAGGGCACUUCCCGGUACAAAUUGGAUCGCCACGGCAAGAUUUAUGAGCACAAAGUUGAUAAUUUGGCCUUCAACUUCCCGCAGCCACUGAAGCCGGCUGCCUCGGUGUUGGACCUGGUUGCUGCUUGUCCGGCCAGUCCAAACCCCACAUUCUUGCUGGGGCCAGUGGAUGAUCUCUACUCGUCGUAUGCCACUUCCUGGGUCAAGUUCUAUAGGGCGGUACGAGAGACUCUGGAUCAAGAUCAUCACUUGACUACUCUGCAUCAAAGCUUAGUUACUUGUUCAUAGUUAGAAAUGAGAUAUACCACCAUAUACCUUAUUAUUAUUAUUGAACACUUCUCCAUGUAUACUGCUACUCCUUCUCCUUCUACUAUACCAAAUGCUUUUUUCUACCAUUAGUGUAUUUCCUUUCCAUACCAUACCAUAUUACAAUUUGCUCAACCAUGUCAAAGGUGAAUAUAGUUAAGGAUGAUGAAGGUUUUGUGUACUCCUCUGUUGGUGGAGGCAAACAAGUUUGGACAGACUCAUUGAGAUGAGCACGUUUGAUUUCGGAUAUUUUGUAUACAGAAUGUUGUGUAUUA